ACGAAACAGCAAACUCGAGGUGGUUUGACCCAGCUGGGAUUCCGUAUUCGGCACCGGCAGGAUUUACGACACCACGCUGUCCGUACGGCCGGUGAUGUAGUUGCUACGACAGUGCAGCUAACAUGUGAGAAGUUUGGUUUCACCAGGCAAGACUUUCUCGUAUCAUUCGUACACUUUAAGCGAAUCGAGGCGUCAUGCACGAAAGGUCCCUUCCCGCUUCUCCCAACUGGUACUGCUCGCGCUCCAGUGACGUCAACGACAGCGGUUUGUUGGGCGUCGGAGCCAAAAACGUCAUCUUUCUGAUUGAUGUGUCCGCAUCGUCCUGCAGGGUCACAGGGGAGCUCGUCGGCCACAAGGACCUGGUCUCGGGCUUCUCCUUCUGUCAGCACGCAGGGCAGAGUCACGUCUGCGUCAGCUCCUCCGGCGACGGGACGGUUCGCUUCUGGGACUCCGACAGCAAGCUUUUAAUCCGGGAGCAUGCGGCUCACCAGACCCCGGUGGCGGCGGUGCACUGGUCUCCAGUGGACAAAAACCUGGUGGUGUCUGGGGACGAGAAGGGCGUCGUGGUGUGUCACUGGCACAACACGGGAGACACGGCCAGCUUCUUCCCGGAGCCCCGCACCAUCUUCUGCCUCACCUGCUCCCCUCACACCUGGAGCUCCGUGGCCGUGGGGUACAAAGAUGGGAUGAUCGUGCUGAUCGACGUGAGCAGGAAGGGCGAGGUGAUGCACCGUCUCCGUGGACACGAAGAUGAGAUCCACUCGCUGGCGUGGUCGCCGGUGGCCAGCGAGGAAGUCCUGCAAAGCCGACCCGAGGACCCGGAAGCAGCAGCCGGCGGGGCGUCUGCAGGAGACGAGAAGGGCUGCUAUCUGGCGUCUGGCAGCAAAGACCAGACGAUGAGGAUCUGGAGCUCGGCUAAGGGAAAAAGUGUGAUGACCCUGAAGCUGCCGUAUCUGAAGAAAAGAGGCUCGGCGGUCGACCCCGGGGUCAAAGAGCGACUCUGGCUCCACGUCCACUGGCCGACGGGACGUCCUACGCAACUGGUGUCCAGCUGCUUCGGCGGGGAGCUGGUGAUGUGGGACCUGACCAGGACGGGGAAGCAGAGGUGGACUCUGCUCGGGACGUCUUCCGAGGGACAGAACCACAGCCGGAUCGUCUUCAACAUGAGCUCGGUCCGCCUGCAGGACGGCCGGGAGCUGCUCAUCAGCACCUCCAUGGACCGGGAGAUCAAAUGCUGGGACCUGGCCUCUUUGGACUGCUGCUGGACUCUGCCCACCCUGGGCGGCUUCGUCUACGCCCUCACCUUCUCCCCCGUGGGGGCGGGGUGUCUGGCGCUGGGCGUCGGCGACAACAUGAUCCGCGUGUGGAACACGCUGACCACCCAGAACCAGUACGACACCAGGUCCUUCUGGCAGGGCGUCAAGUCCAAAGUCACAGCGCUGGCGUGGCACCCGAAAAAAGAAGGAACCUUGUCUUUUGGGACGGACGACGGCAAAGUGGGCAUCUUCGAAGUCUUCGCUAACAGGCCUCCUCAGAUAUCGAGCUCCUACCACAAAAAAACUGUGUACACGCUGGCCUGGGGCCCCCCCGUGCCCCCCGUGUCGUUCGGUGCAGCCGGAGGGAAGCCGUCCCACAGCCUGUACAGCUGCGCCGGCGAGGGCGUCAUCCUGCAGCACGACCCGUCCAAGCUGAGCGGGGAGGCCUCGGACAUCGACAAGUUGAUCCAAGACACCAACAACAUCCAGCACAAGCUGUCGCCGCACACCGACCUCAGCUGGAAGCCCGAUGGGAAAGUGGUCGCCAUCGGCAACGAGGACGGGUGUGUCGAGGUGUACGCGGUCCCCAGCCUGCAGCAGCUGUGCAGCAUCCAGCAGCACCACAAGAUCAUCAACACGCUGCGGUGGCACCACGACCACGACUCGCCGCCGGAGCUGCACUGCCUGCUGGCGUCGGGCUCCAGCAACGCCACCGUCUACGUGCACGACCUCCGCGCCGUCAUAGAGAAUCCCCCAGAAAGCCCGGUGGUGCUGACGGAGCCGUAUCGCCGGCUGUGUGGUCACACGUCUAAAAUCACCGGCAUGGCCUGGAGUCCACACCACGAGGCCCGGCUGGUCACCGUGUCGUACGACGGCACCGCGCAGGUGUGGGACGUGCUGCAGGAGGAGCCUCUCUCCAACUACCGCGGCCACGUGGGUUACCUGCUGUGCGUGGACUGGUCGCCCGUCGACCCGGACGUGAUCUGGACCGGAGGGAAGGACUUCACGCUGCACGAGUGGCGCGUCUCCAAACAGGAGUUCACGAGGCCACCCAAAGGGAAGAAGAUGGUCGACCUGAGGGAGAAGAUGAAGGCCAAUCCCAAGAAGAAGAAGAACAACAACAACAAGAAGGCGGCCGGAGGAGCUGCUCCGCCGCAGACCAACGGGGAGGCGGUCACAGGAGGAGAGAAGGCGGGGCCGGGGGCGGAGCUGUCUGCUGAAGAGGACGAUGAGGUCGGCCCAGCGAGCAGUCCUGCACCUCCGUCAGCCCCGUUUGAGGUGCAGCGGAAGUCUUUCGCUGCCGUCAAAAGCAAAGAGAAGCCAGGUGAGCUGAACACGCUGAAGAAGAAGAAGCCUCGCUCCAUGCUGCCCGUCAGCACCGCCAUGGACCAUCGGCCCAAAGAGGAGCUGCUGCAGGACUGCGUGACUCUGGCCUCCGUGAGGCACGGCGCCGCGCCCCCUGCAGGCUGCGUCCCUGGCCGAGGAGAGCACAUCCACCUGGGCCUCUUCUCCGACAGGCCGGCUCUGUGUCGCAUGUUCCAGGCAGAAGAGGAGGCUCACGUGGAGGCGGGUCACUUCGACUCGGUGGUGUACCUGCGGCUGUGGAGCGGCGACCUGGAGGGGGCGCUGCAGCUCGCCACGGAGAAAGGAGAGCUGAGUGACCACCUGCUCUCCGUGGCUCCCAUGGCCGGGUUCGCGGCGUGGAGCCGGACGGUGGAGGCCUACGUCAAGCAGCUGUGCCUGCAGGAGCAGUACCUGAAGGCGGCGUCCCACCUGCUGUCGAUCAACAAGCUGUACGAGGCCGUCGACCUGCUGCGCUCGCACAAGCUCUACAGGGAGGCCAUCGCUCUGGUCAAAGCCCGGCUGCCGGCGGAUGAGCCCGUCCUGAAGGAGCUGUACACCUGCUGGGCCGCCACGCUGGAGAAGGACGGACAUUUCUCCGCAGCGGCCAAAUGCCACCUGGCGGCCGGGGCCAGCUUCGACGCGGCUAAAGUCAUCGCCAGGAAGAACGACGUCCCCUCGCUGAGGGCGGCGGCCGGUCUGGCGAGAGUCUCGGGGGAGGCGGCUCUGGCCCGGUCGCUGGCGCUGAGGUGCGCCAAAGACCUGGCCGCCGCUCGGGACUGGAUCGGCGCCCAGGACAUCCUGAGCGGGCAGGACGGCCUGCUGGCUCACAGGCUGCACCUCUGCGUCGCCGAGCUGAUGGGCGCGACGCUGGCGGACCGCCAGGCCGCGCCCCAGCCCGCCGCCCGCAGCCACCCGUGGGCGUCGCUAGGCAGCGGCGGCAUCCAGGGCCGAGUGAGAGACGUGUGGGAGACGCACUUUGGCGUUUCGCAACAUUCCGCGGGGCCCCACGGCGCCGGAGCGCUUCUGCAGGAGCUGGAGUCCGCGGAGAGUCCGGCGCCCACCGCCAACGUUCCGCUCGGACAGGUCCAGCUGCACGCGUCCCUCCAUCUGACCUGCGCCGCGCUGAGCUCGCUGCUGGGCGCCGAUGGGCCGCUGGUGAAGGAGUUGUGGCGGGCGGCGGCCUGGUUCAGGGAAGCCGGACACUUCGGCGUCUCCGCCGAGCUCUGCAGGCUGCUGUUCCCCGACCAUGACGUCGGUGUUUGUUCCGAAGUUCUCCGCCUCGCAGGAGAGGAACCGGAGGCUGCUGCCGCUGCUGCGAGUCUGCAGGCGUUUGUCCAUUACCAUCGUCUGUACGAACACUGGUGGAGCGACUCCACCCACGUCGACGGGCCGGAGGGUGUGGCGGCGGCGAACGGAGACGCGGCGGAGGAGACCCGGCCGCGCGGCGGCCUGGACCCGGUGGCGUCGGCGCUUCUGUCCGAGCGCCACGCGGCCUGUCAGGCUGCCCAGAGGUCGGUGGGCGAGAUCCAGGAGCGGCUGGCGGCCAUGGUGCUGAAGCACAGUCGGGCUCAGCUCCACUCCGGGGAGGCCCCCGCCCCCCAGGAGCCCGCUGACGCCGAGCGACGCCCCGAGGAGCAGGAGACUCUGCUGUCUUUGUCCACCAAGAUGGCCGAACACCAGAAGCGGCUGGGCGACCUGCCCGACGCGCUCAAGGUGUAUCCUCACCCCGACGUGGUGGAAUGCUGCCUGGUCCUCCUGCACCUCAGUAAGUCUUCAGCCUCGGUGUCAGAGUCGCUGCAACAAAAGGCCAAAGAUCUGCUGAGCAAAUACGGAGCGGAGUCGUCGGCCUGCAGAGCCGCCCGGAGAUUCCUCACCUGAACCCGGAGGGAAGCUCUUCCCCUGUACAGCUUUUGGUUGAAUAAAUGAUGAAAUGCAUUUAGUUUGAGUCCAGUCUACAGAAGCUGUACUUGAUAACCAUUUGUAGGGGACAUGUAAGGGUCUGCUGUGUGUUUUUUUUUACAUGUUGUAAUGAUCAGAUUAAACAUUCUUUCUCAUACGGUCUGUCUACAUGUACCUGUAUUAACGCCUUUUAAUGUGUGGAGAUACUUGACGUUUUCACAUCCAUCAGCACACAAAUCAUUUUAAAACUCAAACCGUGGCGUAUGACAUUUAACUGACAAAACAAAGCGUUGGACUUGUCCAGGUCCAAAGAUGACGUCUUAUAUUCUCACCAACCUUUCCGGUCCCACACUUCGAUUAUAUUGUACUACUGGUAAUAUUAUACCAGGACUUUCAAAGAUUAUUUAUCCCA